GACGCGACCAGGACGCGGGGAGGACGCACCAGCAGGACAGACCGACCGGGGGCCCGGCGGGCGGAGGGCAGCGCAGCCACGUCCUCCCUGGAUCCGCCGGCAGCCGGGCCCGGGGCUUUCGACAUGCCCCCCAGGAGAGUGUGCUGGGCAGACGAUGCUGGACACGAUGGAGGCGCCCGGACACUCCCGGCAGCUGCUACUGCAGCUCAACAGCCAGCGCACCAAAGGCUUCUUGUGCGACGUGAUCAUCGUGGUGCAGAACGCCCUCUUCCGCGCGCACAAGAACGUGCUGGCCGCCAGCAGCGCCUACCUCAAGUCCCUGGUGGUGCACGAUAACCUGCUCAACUUGGACCAUGACAUGGUGAGCCCGGCCGUGUUCCGCCUGGUGCUGGACUUUAUCUACACCGGCCGCCUGGCUGACGGCGCGGAGGAGGCGGCGGCGGCGGCCGUGGCCCCGGGGGCCGAGCCGAGCCUGGGCGCUGUGCUGGCCGCCGCCAGCUACCUGCAGAUCCCCGACCUCGUGGCUCUGUGCAAGAAACGCCUCAAGCGCCACGGCAAGUACUGCCACCUGCGGGGUGGCGGCGGCGGCGGCGGCGGCUACGCGCCCUACGGCCGGCCAGGCAGGGGCCUGCGGGCCGCCACGCCGGUCAUCCAGACCUGCUACCCGUCCCCGGCCGGGCCUCCGCCGCCGCCCGCCGCGGAGCCGCCCCCGGGCCCCGAGGCCGCCGUCAACACGCACUGCGCCGAGCUGUAUGCCUCGGGGCCCGGCCCGGCCGCCGCCCUCUGUGUCUCGGAGCGCCGCUGCUCCCCUCUGUGCGGCCUGGACCUGUCCAAAAAGAGCCCCCCAGGCUCCGCGGCGCCAGAGCGGCCGCUGGCUGAGCGCGAGCUGCCCCCGCGCCCGGACAGCCCUCCCAGCGCCGGUCCCGCCGCCUACAAGGAGCCGCCGCUCGUCCUGCCGCCGCUGCCGCUGCCCUUCCAGAAGCUGGAGGAGGCCGCACCGCCCUCGGACCCGUUUCGCGGCGGCAGCGGCAGCCCGGGACCCGAGCCCGCCGGCCGCCCCGACGGGACGAGUCUCCUUUACCGCUGGAUGAAGCACGAGCCGGGUCUGGGUAGCUAUGGCGAUGAGCUGGGCCGGGAGCGCGGCUCCCCCAGCGAGCGCUGCGAAGAGCGCGGUGGGGACGCGGCCGUCUCGCCCGGGGGACCCCCGCUUGGCCUGGCGCCGCCGCCGCGCUACCCAGGCAGCCUGGACGGGCCUGGCGCAGGCGGCGACGGCGACGACUACAAGAGCAGCAGCGAGGAGACCGGCAGCAGCGAGGACCCCAGCCCGCCCGGUGGCCACCUCGAGGGCUACCCCUGCCCACACCUGGCCUACGGCGAGCCCGAGAGCUUCGGCGACAACCUGUACGUGUGCAUCCCGUGUGGCAAGGGCUUCCCCAGCUCUGAGCAGCUGAACGCGCACGUGGAGGCGCACGUGGAGGAGGAGGAGGCGCUGUACGGCAGGGCCGAGGCGGCCGAAGUGGCCGCGGGGGCCGCCGGCCUCGGCCCCCCUUUUGGAGGUGGCGGGGACAAGGUCGCCGGGGCUCCGGGGGGCCUGGGAGAGCUGCUGCGGCCCUACCGCUGCGCGUCGUGCGACAAGAGCUACAAGGACCCGGCCACGCUGCGGCAGCACGAGAAGACGCACUGGCUGACCCGGCCCUACCCGUGCACCAUCUGCGGGAAGAAGUUCACGCAGCGCGGGACGAUGACGCGCCACAUGCGCAGCCACCUGGGCCUCAAGCCCUUUGCGUGCGACGCGUGCGGCAUGCGGUUCACGCGCCAGUACCGCCUCACCGAGCACAUGCGCAUCCACUCCGGCGAGAAGCCCUACGAGUGCCAGGUGUGCGGCGGCAAAUUCGCGCAGCAACGCAACCUCAUCAGCCACAUGAAGAUGCACGCUGUGGGGGGUGCGGCCGGCGCAGCCGGGGCGCUGGCGGGCUUGGGGGGGCUCCCCGGCGUCCCCGGCCCGGACGGCAAGGGCAAGCUCGACUUCCCCGAGGGCGUCUUCGCCGUGGCCCGCCUCACGGCCGAGCAGCUGAGCCUGAAGCAGCAGGACAAAGCGGCUGCGGCCGAGCUGCUGGCGCAGACCACGCACUUCCUGCACGACCCCAAGGUGGCGCUGGAGAGCCUCUACCCACUGGCCAAGUUCACGGCCGAGCUGGGCCUCAGUCCUGACAAAGCGGCCGAGGUGCUGAGCCAGGGCGCCCACCUGGCGGCCGGGCCCGACGGCCGGACCAUCGACCGUUUCUCUCCCACCUAGUGCGCCCCUGGCCCGCCCGCCCACCCAGUCGCUGCUGCGCGGCCCGGGCCUGCACCCCGGGGGCGGCGGGGGCGGAGCGCAGGCCAACCGUGCCCAGGACAACCCCAGCCCCCACGACUGCGUCUCCGCAGUGGCGGCCCCACCUCUGGCGGCCUCACCUGGCCUCACUGCUUUGUGCCUUAGCUCGGGGGGAGGGGGGUAACCCCGGGACGGGGAUGGGAUGGGGUAAGGGAAAUCUAUAUUUUUGAUAUCAGCUUUGACCAAAGGAGACCCCAGGCUCCUCCCCGCCUCUUCCUGUGGUUCGUUGGCCCCCUCCCCUGGCUCCGCGCUGCUCUUAGUGGGAGGGGUGUCACUUUUGGGGCACUCCUGGCCCUACCUCCGGCCCUUGCGACCACACCCAUUCUCACUGUGAAUCUCCCCGCUGGGGUCGGAGCGUCGGGCACAGCUGGGGAGUGGGGAGGGGACUGAGCCGGCCGGAGGGCCCCCCGCACCCCGCUCCCCCCCACCCCGGGACUGAUAAUGUGAAGUUCCUCAUUUUGCACAAGUGGCACUAGCCCCAGGGCCAACCCUUCCUUCCUCGACCACCGAGGGCGGGGAGUUCUGGAGUCAAGAGGUUUAAGAGCCCUGGCCUACCAGCUCACCCACUCCCACGGUGCCCCCUCCCUUCCCUGGGGCCCCGGACCAUAUUUAUUGCAUGCGCCCCGGCGGCCCCCCAUCCCGAGCCCAGGCUGGGCUGGGCUGGAUCGCGGUCUCUUUAGCUCCCUCCUCUUUGUGUAUUUCCUACCUUGUACACAGGCUCUUCCAGAGCCGCUUCCAUUUUCUAUACUCGAACCAAACAGCAAUAAAGCAGUAACCAAGGA